CCCCUCUGGCCACCUGGGCCGCCACCCGGAAGCAGAGGCGGGCGGCGCGGCGGGGCCCGGCUUUCGGUUCCGGGUCGGGCGGCUGCAGCCCAGCGCUUCGCUCGCCGGCGCCGCGCCCCGCCCCCGCGCUCCGGACCUGGGCAGGCGGCGGCCCGGGGGGCCGCUCCCGGGGCCACAUGGCAGAGGGGGACUCAGGGAGCGACCAGAGGCAGAAUGAGGAAAUCGAAGCGAUGGCAGCAAUAUAUGGCGAGGAAUGGUGUGUCAUUGAUGACUGUGCCAAAAUAUUUUGUAUUAGAAUUAGCGACGAUAUAGAUGACCCCAAGUGGACACUUUGCUUGCAGGUGAUGUUACCUAAUGAGUAUCCCGGUACUGCUCCACCCGUUUACCAACUAAAUGCUCCAUGGCUCAAAGGGCAAGAACGUAAGGAUUUAUCAAAUAGCCUUGAGGAAAUAUACAUACAGAAUAUUGGUGAAAGUAUUCUUUACCUGUGGGUGGAGAAAAUAAGAGAUGUUCUAAUACAGAAAUCUCAGAUGACAGAACCAGGCCCAGACAUAAAAAAGAAAACAGAAGAGGAAGAUGUUGACACUGAAGAAGACGUGAUUUUAGCAUGUCGACCAGCAAAUCCAGUGAAAGCGUUAGAUUUUGAUAUCAGUAAAAAUCGCACAGAGAUAGAAGAAUUACCUCCGAUUGAUCAUGGUGUUCCUAUCACAGACCGAAGAAGUACUUUUCAGGCCCACCUGGCUCCGGUAGUUUGUCCCCAACAGGUGAAAAUGGUUCUUUCCAAAUUGUAUGAGAAUAAGAAAAUAGCUAGUGCCACCCACAAUAUCUAUGCGUACAGGAUAUACUGUGAGGAUAAGCAGACCUUCCUGCAGGACUGUGAGGAUGACGGGGAGACAGCAGCUGGUGGGCGCCUUCUCCACCUCAUGGAGAUUUUGAAUGUGAGGAAUGUCAUGGUGGUGGUCUCACGCUGGUACGGGGGGAUUCUGCUGGGCCCAGAUCGCUUUAAGCACAUCAACAACUGUGCCAGAAACAUACUAGUAGAGAAGAACUACACAAGUUCUCCAGAGGAAUCAUCUAAGGCUUUGGGAAAGAACAAAAAAGUAAAAAAAGAUAAGAAGAGGAGUGAACAUUAAAACUUAAAAGUAUAUGAAAGAUAAUUUUUCUGUAAUUAUAACAGUUCCAUAGUCAUCAAGGAAUACAUUGUGCUGAGAAAGGGCCAUGAUUGCUUAGUCAGCCAAUUCAUUGUGGACGCCAACUUUAUCUUUUCUUCUUGAGUUAGACCAUCUGCUAAAAAUAGAAAAUUUAGGAAAUAUUGAUACGUGUUUCAGGUUGAUUCAGAAGAAUUAAUUUGAACUAGUCAUCUAAUUUGAACUUCAUCUAAUUUUAGGAAGGUAACAGUUGCUGCGGACAGGACAGAAUUAACUGUCCAUUUCACUACAUGUCAAGUGCCUUUGUUAUGUGGGGAAGAAAUGUCUCUAGAGGAUUAGAAAUACUUGAUUUCUCAUUGUGGAAUUCUCAUUUGUUAAAUGAAUACUGCCUUUUACUGCUCUUUAUGGAUCAAUGGAAUAAGAGCUCAUUGACGAUAGAUCUUGGAGAGUUUCUUCUUGUGAUUUUAGUUCAUAACUAUCUCACCUUCUAUUUCAUAAAAUUCAUUGAGUAAUGAAUUAAGUGAACAUCCAGGUAUAUUCAUCUGCAGUUAUGUGCUGAGGUGAUAAUUUGUGCAAUAUAUUUGUUAGCAUAAGCAUUAUGACUCAGCUUUUGUUGUAAAUUGGUGAUUGUGAAAUUUCAAAAAAUUUCUUGUUUCUACUGUUAUGAUUAGUUCUUGUAAAGUAAUCAGUAAGGGAGACUCUGUAAAGCUUUCCUUCCUAAAAUGUGUUGGUGUAGGGCGGAGAGGUAGUGCAGUGGGUAAGGCACUUGCUUGCACAAGGCUGACCCAGGGUCGAUCCCCAGCAUCCCAUGAAAUUCUCAAGGCACAGCCAGGAGUGAUUUCUAAGCACAGAGCCAGGAGUAACCAUUGAGCAUUGUCAGGUGUGACCCCAAAACAAAACAAAAUGUGUUUAUGUAAUAACAUUUGGGUUUCUUUAACAGCUGAUAAGUACCUGGCUUGUGAUUGUCACUGAGGAAGUAUAACUAAUUAGAAGCUCUAUUCUGGUUGCUGGAACAGUUAUAGAAUGGGAUGGAGAUGGCACACCAGCCUGGGGGUGGGGUAAGAGUGUGCUAUAUCUACGUGACACACUUCCCACCCGCACUUGACUAGCUUUCUCAGUUUUAUGGCUUUGUGGAAAGAAGGAACAAGCCUUUUGAUUUGAAUUGAAAAAUGAGAAAAAUCCCAUUUUUUUCGCCCAAAUCUUAUCAAAUCUUACUUUUUAUCAGUGUUUUAUAUUAUUUCUUUCAUCAGUUUUCCACUAGACAUCUAGUUAAUAAAUUUACCUUUGAGAUAUCUAUGAAUCUUAAUCAUUUCCUUUAAAAUAUGAUUGAGAUCAGUUGCCCCAACUGAUUACAGAUUGAACUGAGAUCGCCUUCUAAGUGGGGCAAUUUGGGCUGGUACCAGAUCAUGGAAAAAGCAUCCGAGAAGGUGGAAGCAAAAAAAUACUUUCUUCUGUUCUCUAUUGUUUUACUUUGAAGAGAUCCCACAUGUUUAGCUCAUUGUUUUUAAUAAGCACGUAGCAAAUAGCCAUGGGCUAGGAUGGAUUCUGAGAGCUAAAACUGUAUUAGGUGUGUGUUUAAAUGUUGGACUGGAGCAGUAGCACAGCAGGUAGGGCGUUUGACUUGCAUGAGGCUGACCCAGGUUCAAUUCCUCAGUCCCUCUCGUAGAGCCAGACAAGUUACCGAGAGUAUUCUGCCCGCAUGGCAGAGCCUGGCAAGCUACCUGUGGCGUAUUUGAUAUGCCAAAAACACAGUAACAACAAGUCUCACAAUGGAGACGUUACUGGUGCCAAAUCGAUGAACAACAGGAUGACAGUGCCACAGUACUACAGUUUAAAUAUUGUCAAGAGUCAUCAUAGGAUGGCUGGUAUGUAUUCAGAUUACUUCUUUAAGAUUCCAUGGAAAGCUAAAUAUGUCCUGUAUAGUAAUUGUUGGUUGGGCGUUUGCCUUAUGAGGCUGACCCGAGUUCGAUUUCUCCACCCCUCUCGGAGAGCCCGGCAAGCUACCGAGAGUAUCAAGUCCUUGUGGCAGAGCCUGGCAAGCUACCCGGCACGUAUUGGACAUGCCAAAAACAGUAACAAUAAAUCUCUCAAUGAGAGACGUUACUGGUGCCCGCUCGAACAAAUCGAUGAGCAACGGGAUGACAGUGACAGUGACAGUGAUAGUAAUUGUUAAAAUAACUGUACAGUGACUGGGCAGAAGCUGAGAAGUCUCAAGUGUGUGCACUGCAUGCCGGUGCCCCAGGUUCAUUCUCAGCACCGCAUGCUCUUCUGAGCAGCCAUCUGAAAGGGCUGGAGCACAGCCGGGUGGGGCCCCCAAGCCAAAAGCAAGUUAAUGAGUAAUGGAUAAAGCUAGAGAAAUUAACAGCUUUCAAAUAUUUCCAUGUUUUGGCAUGUCAAGCCAUUGAAAGAACAUAUAAACAGUAAGAAUUUGAUGCUGUAGAAAAAUGAAGGAGUUUAUUUUUCUUCAGCACCAAAUUUGAAUUCCUUGCUGUUCUACCUUAACAUUUGAUUGGGUCAUCACAGAAAACAAAAGCUCCUUUAUUCUGUGAUCUCAUUUUCCGUUAUUAAAAAAAUUCUUAACUUUCCUUCUUUCUGCAAAAUUACUCCGUUUUCUCACCAGAAAACCUAGUCAUUUUUAUAAGGGGAAAGGUCCAAAAUUCUGGAAUCACUUCACACUUUACCGUGAGGACCUCCCUCAAUAAUGAUAGUACCCCCUUUUCUUUUGAAUAUUUCUCGUUUAGAGGAUUUUAAAAUUGUCCAAAUAAUACUUUUCUAUAGCCAGAUGUAUUUUGUGGCAUAUUUUAUAGUCUAUUGAAUUAAAAAUAUUCCCCAUGUGCCAGAUGUAAGAACAAAUAGUAUCUACUUUUAAAAUGGGAACGGCUGUUUGAUUUGAAGGUUUAUAUUAUGAAACAAAUUUUUUGAAGAGAAUUUUAUCAAACUAAUCACAGCCAAUAAAGAAAAAUAGGAAGCAAUUACUGACUGGAAGACAGAUAAAAUUUAUUGGAAAACAGUAUAAUCGCCUCUAAUUCUAUUAUGUAGAGAUAGUCAUUAUUAACAUUUGCUAUGUACAUCCUUCUAUUUUUUUCCUAUGCAUGACUUUGUAUAUAUGGCUAUUUUUCUUUCCAUAAAAAUGGUAUUAAACUGUAUAUACUGUUUUGUAUCUGCAUAUUUCAUAUAGAAGUAUAUUGUUAACCUUUUCCCAUGUCAAUAAAUAUUCUUCUAUGGCUUCAUUUCUUA